AUGCCCGGUAUGCGUCGUCAUAAGGCCUUUCUGGCCAUUGUGGCUACCGCCGUAAUUGCACACAGUCUGGUAUAUGCCUGCUUGGGCACACCGUCAGGAGAAAUUGCCCGUCCAGCGGUGGAUAGUCCCGAUAAACGGAACGCUGAUGCUGGAGCAGCUACAUCAGGAAAACUACAGGGGCAUGCUCCGAGUGUAUCCGUUUUGCCGGAAGGUAAGAACCCAGCAUAUCAGGUUGCCGCGCUACUUCACGACAGCGAGAGCGAAGCCUCUGCGGGCUUCGAAGCAGUCAGUAGCAAGACUCAGCCUCAGACCAGCCUUAAUGACUAUACUCCAUCUCCGCCGACAGUGCGCUUGGGUGCUGCCAAGGAGGCACAUAAGGAAGUAGAUUUCCCCCAGAUAUCCUUGCAGUAUGGGGUUCGCCGCCGUCUGGAAGGACGCCUACCUAAUGGUAAGGACAUCCAGGAGCUCCUCUCUGAGCACACCUUUCCACAUAGUGGUGUGUCCAGUCGACGCCUGCAACUCCUCUCUGGGCUGUCUCAGCUUACAGCGCCUUUAUCCACGGUAACCAAUUUAUUCAGCAGCGGCAUGAGCGCUCGUGAAAAGGACCAGCUUGAUUCCUUCACCACGUGGGUCAGUACCAGCAAAGAGCGUCUAUACAAAGACAUGGUCUUUAUCACGGGGGCGAAAAAGCAUGGGAUGGAUGAGUUUGCAAUGAAACAGCUUAUUAAAAAGGUAGGCCUGGAGAGCUUUUCCACCGGUGAAAUUCCCUCCAAUGUCAGUCUUACUCAUCAGGAGUCCCUUGUGCUGGAUGCAGCCAGGCGAAGUCGCUUUCAGGUGGAUAUGAUCAUUACCACGUAUGAGCGGGAGGUGGCACAGCAUGUAAAAAAGUUCCGCCAAGGGCUGCAGGGUGGCAUGACCCAAACUCUUAGGAGCGCAGUUACUUCUGUCGCCUCAAACGGCCUGUUCAAGCACCAGCGGGAGAUCCCCACUGUGCGCCGCCUCGAGAAGACCCCUCGUCUUAGGCGUCUUGCCCCCCUGGUGGGCAGCUCUGGCCUUCUCGGUGCCGCAGGUUCCCUCUUCCGUUCUCUCGACCCUUCAAACCUUUCGCACUCUCUUAGUGCUGGCCUCGGCGGCCUGGGACUCCACCACUUGCAUCUUCCGAAUAUCGGCGGGCUGAACGUGCGCGAUGAUGGCGCCAUGCCGACUCUGCCUCCCUUGGCUGACAUAGGCGCCCUGCAGGAGGCUCUCCAGAACAUAUUCCCAGGACCUCAACAGGCAAAUGCUCUUUCUGGACCCCUGCGUUCAUUCCAGCAGGGCGUAUCGAUCGCGACAGAUGGAGCAGUAGGAGCUUUCCUUUCAAGGGAGGGGCUACUUCCGUUCCUUUCUGUUGACACCGCCAAGCACCUCCUUGGCGGCUUCAUUGGCGGGGAAGCAAUUGCACCCCACGGGGUGUCAGGAUGGGGUGACCUCGGACUGUCUCCUGCAGCAGCCAGCGGGCUUGCUGCUGCCAUGCCGUUCGAAACAUUCCUUACCAAAUUAGGUGAGCUGGCUCAGGAAGUCGACUCGGAGGUGGGGGCCAUGAAGCGAGAAACCAAGAGAAGGAUUAACGCCGAGGGUCUUCACAUCCUCCCAGAGCAGCUAGGCCAAGUGGACAACAUUCUUAACACAAUCGUCUGGGGUGCCCUUAGACCUCCCGUCAGAAGGCUGCAGCAAAACGAGAGUGCAGAAAGCGAAUCACUAUCGCAAGAUGCAGAAGGCCCGAAGCAGAGUGUGGAUCUUCAACAAGAGGCAACGAUAGGCGCACAGCAACAAAUUGGCCACACACAACAGGAAGACGAGAAAGGACAGCCGCCAACUACAGAAUCGCCACAGCCUUCGGAAAUAUCGCCUACACCACAGCGGGAAAAGGAGAAACAGGGAGACGAUGAGGCAUUCAGCAGCAUGAUGGACGCGCUCCUUCAGGAUGUACACUUGGAAAAUACGCAGGACGACGCCGAGGAGGAAAUACAAGCAGGCUUACAACGAAUUGAACUCUUGGCCGACGCAGUCACCGUACUGCUCAAGGAGUAUGAAAAGGCCGUGGAGCACUUGCAGGAACUGUUGGAAGACCAAAUAGACACUGCGGAAGAAAUUCGAGAAGAGCUUCAUGACGAGGUUAAGGAUCUUCGGGAGAAGGUUCAUGAAAAGAAGGCGACACAUCCCCGAGCAGCAACUGCAGCUGCGGAGGUCGCUAAGGCUUACGAUGAGGCCGUCGAAGGCCUAAAGGAGACCCUAGAAGGUCUGCUGCAGCAGCAGCCAACAACAGAGCUACCUGCUGUAUUGCAGCAGCCGAUAGCAGCUCUAGCAGCUAAGAUUGAAGCGGCUGUAGAUGAGAAAAAGCCGUCGCCACUGGCGGCUCACUGA